UUGCGCGACGUCGCCUUCUCGCGCCCUUCGACGCCUUGCGGCGACCCUCACAUGCAUGCUACCCAACUCUGUCCCCUCCGUAUCCCGAGCUUAUGCCAACGAAAUUGGGAUGGGAGGUCCUGCUUCAUGAAGCUCUCGCUUGCCCCUUCCUGACAAGGCCUUCCGCUUUCGGCGCGCCUUGUCGUCCACGGGGGCAAUCAUCUGCGAUUAUCAGCCGCAUCGAUGCAGUCUCGCACAAUCGCCGCCUCUGCGGGGCCCGCCAGCUGGCCAUACGGAGCCCUUCAUGUCCUCCAGGCAAUCGAUAUGCAAGCAGGAGGCCUCAGCGAAGCGUCAGAGCGCGGUUUCGGCGCGGUUUCGAAUCGGCCGUCGAGGGUGGGAUACGCGUGAAGGUGAUCCAGGCCCUCUGUUCACUGGUACCUGGAUGGCGAGGAUCGAUGCAUUGUCAAAAGCUGGUACGGAGGGUUUGGCGGCAUCCAUUUCUGCGCCUUACGCGCACCUCGAACUCCGGCUGCCGCCACCGCGUCAAUGUAUCGCGGCUGCCGUCACGCUGCAGCUAUGGCCCGCCGCUCGGCGGCCUCGAGGGCUUCUUUACCCAGGAAGAUCUGCCUGUUCACGACAUUCCCAUCUCAGCUGCACUGUAUGUAGACGUAUACAAAGCUUCGCUCGGGUAGUAAUCGUUUCAUCAGCUAAUUUGUGGAGUUGAGACCGGCUGUGGCAGCAAUCAGCAACAAUUCGUCUUCGUCGGGUGCAGCGAAAUAUCAACCGUGAUCCGGCGUUCGCCGAGCAUACCGUCACGUCA